CAGCAUUUCCGGGCGCAUCUGCCGGAGCAAGACGCGCGUGCGUAAAAAUGGCUGCGCCCGAGCAGGUGAGUGCCGCUCCGGAGCGCCUCUUGGCAACUAAGCGGAGACCCCUCCGCCUUUGCCAGAACAAGACCCCGGUGCCCACCGGGGGCCAGGGGUGGCUGCCCGCCCGCCCGCCCGCCCUCCCUGCGGAGGCUUGCCCGAGCGGCGGGCUGCCUUUUCCCGGCCCUAGAAGAGGCUCCGCGAGCCUCGCGUGCUGCUGGAGAAAUGCGCCCCCAAAGAGGGAGAUAGUCGGAGAAAGGCGGGGUUGCCUCCGUGGCCUCUCGAGCCGCCGCUUUAUUUACUUAUUUUUGCACUUACCGGUAAUUUAUUUAUUAUUAAUGUUGCAAUACAUAUAUGAAAUCUUUACAUAUUGAUACAUAUACGUUAUAUUCGUAAAUUCACAUUUUCCCAUUUCAUUAUGUACCAACAUUUAUCCAUUUCUUAUUUCUUGCCCUGUGUCAUCCCUCCACCCGUGGGUGACUUCCUUGUUAUUAUUUUGUAAUUUUAUUAUUGAGAUUGUAAUUUUGUAUCUUAAUAAUUAAACAUUCAAUCUUCUUAUAUCUGCUUAGAUUAGCUUAACUUAACUUUGUUGGAGCAUCUUUUGGUCAUGUAUUCUUCUACACAUUUCCAUUCCUGUUUGAGAUUUGGAUUAGACUGCAUUCUAAUUGUUGCCGUCCUUUUUGCUAAUUCAAUCAUUUCAAAAAAAUUGUUUUGCCAAUCUUUCAAUGUUGGUACUUUAAGGGGAAGCCACGCACACCUUGGGGGCGUGGGCUGAAUCUGGAAUGUAAAAGGUUCCCCGAGUCUCUUUUGGUGCCAUGUGGAUUGCAGCAUGCGAGACCUACAUCAUCAUCAUCAUCAUAUUUUAUUUAUACCCUGCCCUUCCCGGUUCAAAAAACCAGGCUCAAGGUGGAUAACAACAAAUUUAAAGCACUUCAUUGUAAAAGCAACAUAAAAUACAGUAUAAAAACAUGAAUAACAAUGAAAUUCAAAAUUCAGAAAUUAGUUUAGGGGAAAUAAGCAUUAGAUAAUCACCAAGGCUAGCUGGCUAAAUUGGUCCUACUUGGGCCAGCGAGGAGGCCAGGGGAGAAUUAGCUGUGGGAUCCCAGAGCGGGUGAUCUUCAUAAAAAGGGGAGAGGGAAGGAAGAGAAGGGAAAUAAAAGAUCAGGCUGAAUUCAAAUUAAAGGCCAGGCGGAAUAGCUCUGUCUUACAGGGCCGAUGGAAGGAGGUUAAAUCCUGAAGGGCCCUAGUCUCAUGGGACAGAGCAUUCCACCAGGUCGGAGCCAUCACUGAAAAGGCCCUGGCCCUGGUGGAGGAUGAUCUGACUUCCUUAGGGCCCGAGACCUCUAAACUAUGGUUAUUCAUGGACCUUAAGGUCCUCUGCAGGGCAUACCAGGAGAGGCGGUCCCGUAAAUAUUUGUCUUGGAAGAGGCAACACUUCAUUCUAGGUAAUUGUGUUAAAAGUGUUCAAUAAAAGUUUGUAAUUUAAAAGAGAGAGGGUUUUUGCCCCCUAGCUGGUAACUCCGCCCCCUCCCCCGCCUUGCAGAAUGCAGAAUACACACAUACGCCAAUUACAACGUUUCAGCACUGCAGGAGCAAAACUGGGGGCAAGAGUGUUACCGUAAGUUCUGUGAUGCCUUUGUCAGCUUUGCUAACUAUGCAAUGAGAUGACUCACCAGCUUAAUGUGAGAGGCAUUGCAGAGGAGAUGUAGGCAUCAGCUGGUCAGAUGAGAAUGUGGUGCACAAGAGAAAUCUGGCUUUAAAAAAAUGCUUGGCAGGGUCAAGCCAGUGACGUUCGUGUUACUUGUCCAAAUGCCCCAUCUCUGGAUGUUUGGAUUCGAGACCCCAUUUAAUACUGCGGCUGUGGCAUUCAGCGUUUUGUGUGACCUUGAUCUAAACUAGAGCAGGAGCCUGGGAUGUUUCCGUUAGUGAAUGGAUAACAAGGUUCAUGAAUGUAUACCACAGAUCAGGAAAGGUACUGCCAGUGCAGUUAAAGAGCAGAGUAGAGAAAGCUGUUUUCCUUCAGAAAACGGAAAUCCUCUGCUUGAGGAGAAGAAAAAAGGAACACAAACUUUAGCCAAAGAAAAUGCAAGCAGACAAUAAGGGAUUUUUAGAAAAAUAAUUGAAGGAGCAUGUUGCUGAAAAUAAAGAUUGUCAACAACAAAAAUAUUUGAAUACAUUAUAUGCAGGAAACAGGGAAGGGGGUGGUUGGAAAUUUGGAUAAGGAAGUCUCUAAAUACCCGUUGCUGAAAACUGCAAAGGAGGAGGGUGCAGUUGUGGACUUUUCCUAUGUUUUUACGUUCUUACUAGGUGGCUGUGCUGAUUCAGACAUGUAUGGCAAUCAGCUCUUGCUGUAUAAUUCAUGAUUGGCAUAGAUUGAACAUUUCUAGUCUGACUCCAAAGGAAAGCACAAAGCAAAGGUAGUUGUUUUGGCCCAUUAUAAAAAUUCCAUAAUCCAUAGUAUAGCAAUUUUGGUUGACCUAAUAAAGGUGUUUGCCUACUAUAUAUUUUGGAAUUGCACAAAAAAACAAAAAAAUCAGAAAGUUCUAUGUUGGUAAAUCAAGACCCAUCAGCGGUUGGUGAAGACCAGGCAUGUCUAAACCAGUUCUGAAUAGAUCAACCAAUAUAUAACAUAGUGCCUAUGAUGGUGACCUCUGAAAGUUGAGGGUUGUAGGGUCUCUGCGGAGUUCUGAUUCUUCCCUUUUACUCCCCACCAAGGCAUAUUCAAGUGAGGAGGAAACAGAACCUGAGCCCAGACCUCGAGACACUCCUGAAGACAUUUCCCUUGAGGCAGCAGCAAACACCGUCGCUUUCCACCCUUGUCGGGAUGUCCUAGCAGCUGGAGACGUGGAUGGUGAUGUCUAUUUGUGAGUACAGCUGCUCUGAGAAAAGUACUGAUGGCGUAACUGGGUGAGCCCUUAUGGGGGCGAUGCAAGAAUGAAACCCAAAGAGUGCUCCCCCUUCCCAUAUCAGUAGUCCAGCAAGAUAGAGGACUUACAUUGUCGGUUUGCACUAUAGGGAAAACCUAUCAUGACCUAGUUAUCUGAUGAAUGAGAAUCUCCUGCGUAAGAGAGCUUGGUGAUGGAGCUGUUCUAGAGCCUUUUUCUACCCAUCACCCCAGUUGCUGGCAGAAAAUGCGUUCUGCAGCCAGAUGAAGGAAUGCCAAGAAAACUUUGCAAAUAUUAAUAAUAUUCCACUUGCAAGUUUUUUGUUCCUUCAUCUAUUCAUAUAAUAUCAAGGGCUCAUAAGCAGGGCAUGAAGGAACAGCUUUCAUGGCUGCAGAACUGGGGAGUUUCAAGACACAAUCCUACAGAUAUCUAGCUUGCCCUUCCUUUCAAAAAUAAAAUAAAAUAAGGUUGUUAUAAAUUUUUGUUGUGUACCAUAUCUGAGACUGAAAUUCCCUUUUCUUCUUCCUCCUCUUCUUCUUCUUCUUUGAAAUCCCCUUUCAACUCUUCUGCCAAUCUUCCUGCAGUACAAAUUUCAUCUUAAAGUAUAAUUUUUCCAGUUGCUUUCAACAGGUUCUUUGAUUAUCCCUCCACCUUUUUCUAUAUUUCAGAUAUUCAUAUUCCUGUUUGGAAGGUGGGAACAAGGAGCUUUGGUCUUCAGGACAUCAUUUAAAAUCCUGCCGGGAAGUGUCCUUUUCCCAUGAUGGACAAAGUGAGUACUUCCCUCUUUGGGGCUCGUUUAUUUCAUGGUUCCUAAUUAUGCAGUGUCUUGGAGACGCCUUCACUAGAACAAUGAGCUUCCUCUGCUUAUCAUCCUGGAGAAGGAGUGUUAAGACUGCAAUCCCAGGCACACCUUUGUGGGAUUAAGCCCCCUUGAACAGAAUAGGAUUUCUGAGUAAACCUGUAUAAAUCUGUUUUAAUCCCAGUAGGAGAAAAAGUUUAGAGUAAACUUUUUAAAAAUGCAUUAUGGCGUGACAAUUUACUAGAUAUUUAAGUUAAUUCCAAAAUAGCAAGCAAGUACCGUAUGUUGGCUGUUGAUCACAAUAACAGGCAAUGCAAUUUCAUGCUGGAGAACAUUACAUACAUUGCUUUUUUUCUUAAAAAAAUGUUUAGGGGUACUCUCAUUUUCCUACUCAUAUAGAAAUACUGACCCUCAAUGAGGCCAAUCUUAGAUUCACAAAAUGUUUAGGGAUAUGUGUCCCCCUGCGUCCCCCCAGAAAAAAGCACUGAAUGUAUAUGUUAACAGAUUCUUGAAGAAUUAUCUGUAUGUCAUUAUUUGCAGAUUAACAUUUAUCUUCAAUAAACUUCUGAAUAAUGCUGGGACAAUGUCCUUUGAAUAUUUCUGGAAAGUCUAAUCAAAUAAACAGGACUGCUUUUAUACUCUGUGGAUUUCGAUGUGAAGUUCUGGCUAUUCUGUUUCAGAAGGGAGUCAGCAAAUAUUCCCUUUAAGUUGCUGAGUAUAUCCAGUGAUCUGUGUGUUCCUCUCCAUUUUCUAGAGCUCUUUACGGUGUCCAAAGAUAAAUCCAUUCAUAUUCUAAGUGUGGAGGAAGGUCGUCUCGUGACCAGGUUCUCCAAGGCUCACAAGUAAGCAUUGGGGACUCCUUGAUUGUUUGCUUUUAUAGGAGUGCGCUUACUCCUUUCCCUCCAAGGAGCUCAAGGUGGUGUGCCUGGUUCUCCCCCUUCUCAGCAACCCUGUGAAACAGAUUAGGCUGGGAGGACAUGACUGGCCCUAGGUCACCCACAGAGUUUCAAGCCCUAGUGGGGAUUUGAAUCUUGGUCUCACUUCCUCGUUCUUCCAUCAAGAUGGUACUUCCAGUAGCCAGCAGGAAAUCCGACUGCAAGGAAGGUUUGUGGAUUUCCUGCUGGCUACUGGAAGUACCAUCUUGCAAGCGCAAAGGGUUGCUACGCCAGCAUCAUUGCAAGCAGUCAGCCUCCUGUCAUCAACCAUCCUGUGGCCUUCAUGGCAUGUCAUUGCAGGGUGGUUGUGACCUAGAAAGCCCUACACAGCUUAGGUUCUGUGUGUGUGUGUGUGUGUGUGUGUGUGUGUGUGUGUGUGUGUGGUUAUAAUAUAUAUAUAUAUAGAGAGAGAGAGAGAGAGAGAGAGAGAGAGAAUAUAUAUAUAUAGAGAGAGAGAGAGAGUGAGUAUAUAUAUAUAGUACACAUUAUAUAUAGUAUAUACACACUAUAACCUUUCACCACCACUUGGGGGGCAAAGCAGGGCCAGAGAUGGUGUGACCUGGGGAAAGUUCUGAGGGCCAAACCAAGAAGCCUUAAGGGCUGCCUUUUGGCCCUGGGCCAGGUUGCCCACCCUUGCUUUAACCCCUACCUGUACCUCUAUUGUUAUUCCCUUGUACACUUCAUUCAGGGUGAGGAGGGAAUACUGGGAGCUGGAAGUUGGAGAGCGUUGACCCCUUGAAGUUAAUGGACAUGACUGACAGGUUCACUAUUUUCAUCUGCAGUGGGGCCCUCAUCAUGGUUGACUACAACCCAUGAUUAGGGCCCAAGUGCAGAUGAAGUAAGUCUUGACAUCUUUUAGGGAGGGGAAAUGAAUUUUCUCUUGCUCGUGUGGCUCCCAUAAUAGGAAUGUGCAGAGAAAGAAUUCUCUUUGUUCAUAGGUUCAGAUGAUCCUCUCUAUCACGCUCCUCAUUCUGCCCUUUAGCGCAGUUCCAGUUUGCUUCCCUUCUUCAUGGUCCCUCUGUGGGGCUGUUGAGACCUUGCAGAGGGCAACAACUCUGAGAGGGAGUAAGGCACUUGUGUAAUAUAGUGGCUAUCUGUAGCGUGGAUUCUGCUGCUACAACUCUGGAAUUUCCACAGUUCUGCUCUGAACAGUCUGCUGGUGAUAGAUGAGCACUUGUUUGCCACAGGAGAUGACCGUGGGGAGUUGAAAGUGUGGGAUCUGCGCAAAGGCACCUCCAUUAUGGAGAUGAAGCAGCACGAGGAGUAUAUCAGUGACAUGGCCGUCGAUGGGAACAAGAAACUGCUGCUCACCACCAGGUACUCCAGUUUAAACAAAGGGAUUAGUGGGCUUGAUUUAUUCUCCCUCGGUGGUGGAGACGCUUUGACUGCAGUGGGAAGCCAAGAGCUGUUAAGAGUCUGCCUCUCUCACACACACACACAAUUCUUUUCCAAGGGCCACUGAAAUGGAUACCUUUGAGAUCCUGAAAUGUACAGAUGCUUCUGGGGGGCAGAACACCAAACUAACUGGAAACACUUGGAGUUUCUGCUGCCUUGGAUGCUCUCGAUAAGUAAAUGAUCACUCCAUUCUGUUUCUUGCAGCGGAGACGGAACUAUGGGAGUCUUCAACAUCAGGAGAAGGCGCUUCGAGCUGCUCUCAGAGCCUCAGAAUGGAGACCUGUCAGCCAUCGCCCUGAUGAAGGUCAGCCCUAUUACUCCGUGGCCCCUGAGGAGCCGCUGCUGCAGACCUGAUAGGGACUGAUAAGCUGAACAUUUCUGGGAGCAGGGACUUAAAAACAUGUUCUUGCCCCCAAAAGUAUGCAUUGAUGGGCAGCAUAAUAUUCCUAUUUCAUUGCCAUUUGCUUUAGACUAAGACAGAAAAAGGCCUUUGGAUGGGUACGUCUUAUGGUUCUUAGCUGAUGGUGAGGGGCAGGGCUUUCCAGCACCUCUCAGGUGGGCACCAUUGCCAUUCUAAGAGAAUGAGGGAGGUGUCCAUGGUGAGUUCCAGCCCCUCUUUCUCUAGGAAAAUAGCACUGGUGAGGGGAAUCAUGACAGUGCUUUUUUAGGGUUAAACAGUAUUUAUUUCUUGUUUGCUGCUCAGAGAGGAAAGAAAGUGGCCUGUGGCUCCAGCGAGGGAACCAUUUACCUCUUCAACUGGGAUGGUUUUGGUGCUACUAGUGAUCGGUUUGCACUGAAGGCGGAGUCCAUUGACUGCAUGGUUCCUGUAACAGAGAGCAUUGUGUGCACAGGCUGCACUGACGGAGUCAUCAGGUGAGAGGGCACUGGGUUGUUUGUCAACCUGGGAACCACAGGAUUAUCUUGAAACCUGUGGGUAUAGGGCGAUAUACAAAUUUAAUAAAUAAUAGUGCACAUCUCUAGAGGAUUGUUGUUAAGAUUUGCAUCCCCCCCUUUUAAGCUUCAUUCUUGCCCCAAUUGUGGUUGGUUUAUACAGCUUUGUAUAGAGUCUGUUGGGACGCGGGUGGCGCUGUGGGUUAAAACAGACCCUAGGACUUGCCAAUCAGAAGGCUGGCGGUUCAAAUCCCCGUGACGGGGUGAGCUCCCGUUGCUCAGUCCCUGCUCCUGCCAACCUAGCAGUUCGAAAGCACGUCAAAGUGCAAGUAGAUAAAUAGGUACCGCUCCAGCGGGAAGGUAAACGGCGUUUCCGUGCGCUGCUCUGGUUCGCCAGAAGCAGCUUAGUCAUGCUGGCCACAUGACCCGGAAGCUGUACUCCGGCUCCCUCUGCCAAUAAAGCGAGAUGAGCGCCGCAACCCCAGCGUCAGUCACGACUGGACCUAAUGGUCAGGGGUCCCUUUACCCUUUACCUAUAGAGUCUGUUAUGGUAGUGUCUCAUUGUUUUGCAUGAAUUAUAUUCCAUAAAGCAAUUAAACCUUUAAAAGGAAUUUAGAGCCCUAGAAAGAUUCCCUUCCCAACCCUCACCGGAGCAUCUUUAAGUGCAGGUAGAAUGAAUUUCAGGUGCUGUUAUGGAGGAGCUGGCUUUUUUCUUAAUCAGGCCUUUUCCUGUUGUUUCAGAGCCGUGAACAUCUUGCCCAAUCGGGUGAUUGGCAGUGUUGGGCAACAUGUUGGGGAGCCCAUUGAGCAGCUAGCUAAAUGCCAUACAGGCCCAUUUCUGGCCAGCUGCGCCCAUGACCAGAAGGUAAAGUUCUGGGACAUCUCUUCGCUUAACUCAGUCAUUGUGGACGAUUACAGAAAGAAAAAGAAGAAAAGUGGGCAGCUGAAGUCUUUGAGUCACAAGGCAUUUGGUACCGGGGAGGAUUUCUUUGCAGGCUUGAGAGAGGAGGCAGCAGAGCCAAAGGAUGAAGACUCCAGUGGCACGGAAACGGAUAGUGACUAAAAUAUGAGCAGCACUCUCCCCUGAAGGGACCUUUAUAACCUAAGACUGUUUGAAACUCAUGUUUUUGCAGAGAUUUGGCUGAACAAACAGCAGGAUAUUGGGCAAAGGUGUGGGAGCCUAAUGAAAUCCGUACUGCAGUCUUCUGGGUACUCCUGCAAUCCAGUGAAACAAAUGUGUGUUUCCACAGCAAAGUCAUGAGAAAAGCAUGGCCUGGCUGCUACAGAAGGGGAAGGUGUAGAUCUCAAGUUACCCAGGACAAAGCCUGUGCUUUCUGUUGGAAGAGGAGUAUCUCAUGGAAUGAAAAGGCUAGAAAACAGGAUUAAUACUAGUGAGGAGGGAAGCUGUUGGCUCUAUAUGUAUGUAUUGGUUUAACUACUACUUUCAAAGGAGGGUGGCCAGACACAGAAAGGGGAUAGGGCUCCUGUGCCUUCAAUACAGAAGGACGACUCUCUGAAACACACGACACCACAGAAAAUGUUGGCCUUUGGCUGAUUGACCCCCAAUGCCCUUUUUAAUGUGCUGUGGGAAGGGGGAUUAUUGGUUUGCUGACUUUAUUAUGUAUUUUAUGUAUUUUAUAUUGUAAUUUUAUGUUGUGAACCACCACCGGAACUAUGAAGGGCAGCAUACAAAUUUAAUAAAUAAAAUAAACAAAACCCAGCUUAAAUAUCAUCUUAUCAGAUUUCAGAUGCUUCACACAAGGAGAUUGCAACACUUAUUUCUUUCAAAACAAUUUUAAUAUUCAAGUGCCUAGGUUUCCAAUGUUACAUAUUCAUUCACUAUUUUUGAUGAACAUUAAAAAGUCAGAGAAUUUUAAGGGAGUCUGCCUGAUCCUUUCCCUAAAAUCUUCAUACAUCCAAUUUUGUUAUUCACUGGGAACUUUUUCUAGUGUUAAAAAGGCACCUGGUGUUCUGCUAUUAAGAGGCACAUGAAGGAAUUCAGGGAAUACCAUCCUGAAUCCCCAGGAAGACAAAGAAAAAGGCUGGAUUGUAGAGCAGCACACAAGGAACUUGUUACAUACCAGCCUUGUGCAUGAAAAAUUGUCCAAUGCCCCUCGCCUAAAGCUACAAAACAAAUUCAAACUGUCACAAACAAGUGAGAAAGCUCUCCAAACUCUUAAAUAAAUACAAAGAAGAAUAAAGUUUUCUAUGUGUAAACAAAGAAGAUAAGCAGCCCUAAAUCUUGGUGUUGAAAGGGGCGGGAGUCAUUCCUAUAGUUUUACACAGUACUUGUCAUGCUUGAGGGGCAGAAAUAAAGUUGUGAAUGCAAGAUAUGCCCCCAGCUUAAGAUUGCCUGCCGAGAAAUACGCAUGCAUGAUUUCCCCAAACUGAAAAGGAUACUCAAAUAACUAACCAAAAACAAUUUAGUACUGAGAUCUGCAUGGACAACCUUUUUAAAUCUAACAAGACUCCAAUAGCAGCAAUGCUUCCCGCCAAAAAACAAAAAAAGACAAGAUGUCAGGCACACUUUCUCUCCCCAUGGAUUUUAGUGGGCAAGCUGGUUUUAGUGGGCAAGGACAGGACACAGAGACCUCUCCCGAACUUGAAGACUGUUCUCUUACACCAUUGGGCAUCCUGUUGGAAAGAGAAAUAGGUUAGGUUUUAGGGUUGCCAACAUACAGAAAAGCAGUCAGCACACUCAAAACAGGGAACAAGCAGGAAGGCACCUAUUCUGCAAACAUACAAGGCAGGAAAACUUUUUUGAAGUGCUUGGAGGCUGAAAAGGCCAAGCACUGGACUCCACUUGUUUCACCCUCUAUCCUUAUUGUUAUCUCUGUCUCUUAGGAAGAGAUUCCCCAGAAGCAUUCUCUCUCCAGGCAGCCUAGCCUGGAAAAUUGAAAGAAUUUGUAGAGCGAGG